AUGUCUAUACCAAGAUUCCUAAAAGUAACAUAUGGACCAUACGAUAAUUAUAUUCCAGUCAGUGAAUUAAGCAAAAAAUCAUGGAAUCAGCAAUACUUUUCCCUGGCAUUUCCCAAACCACCAAGGCCAGGAAAGAAACGAAGAUCACUACCUUCCCAAUUAAGCAACAAUACAGUUCCUGUAAUUGAUGAACAAAAGUUAGCAAUUCACAGACCACCAUUGUGGAUGCACCGUUCGCUGAUGAGAAUUCCCGAGAGACCGUCUGUUUACUUAGCUGCCAGGAAGGGCCUUCCACUAAAACGACCUCAUUCUGGCAAGAAAGAGUCUAAAGAAGCAGCCCCAUCCAAGCCUUUGCCUUCAGAAAAACCAAAGAAAGAAGAGAAAGUGAAAAAAGUUGAAUCUGAAGCAAAGGAGAAGACAGAGUUGAAGAUCGUCAAGGAAGUAAGUCCCAAACCAGCGGCCAAGAAAAUUUCAAAGGAUUCCCGGAAGGACAAGGAGUCAGCUUCAGAAUCCGAGGGGGAAAAGGCUGCUGGGAAGAAAGAGGCCAAAAAAGAUAAAAAGGAGCCGAAGGAUAAAAGCUCAGCUUCAGAAUCUGAAGGUGAAAAGGCUGCUGGGAAGAAAGAAGCCAAAAAAGAUAAAAAGGGAUCAAAGGAGAAAGGUAUAGCCUCAGAAUCCGAGGGGGAAAAGGCUGCUGGGAAGAAAGAGGCCAAAAAAGAUAAAAAGGAACAGAAGGAUAAAAGCUCAGCUUCAGAAUCUGAAGGUGAAAAGGCUGCUGGGAAAAAAGAAGCCAAAAAAGGAAAAAAGGCAUCAAAGGAUAAAGGUAUAGCUUCAGAAUCUGAAGGAGAAAAGGCUGCUGGGAAAAAAGAGGCCAAAAAAGGAAAGAAGGAGCCGAAGGAUUCAAAAGGUACACCUGUAGAUUCAGAACCUGACAAAGGUGCUGAAAAGAAAGUGAGCAAAAUUGCUAAAAAGUCUUCAAAGAUCAAAGGUUCUGCAGAUUCUGAUACAGAGAAAGGAGUUUCAAAGAAAGAGAGCAAGAAAGACUUGGCCAAGAAGAAGGAAGGUAAAAAGGACAAGAAGGCAGAGGGAGACUCAAAGGAGGAUGCUAAGAAAGACAAGAAGAAAGACAAGAAAGACAAGAAAGGCAAGAAAGACUCUGCAGGUGAUUCCUCUGACUCAAAGAAGGAUGAAAAGAAGGCAAAGAAAGAGAAGAAGGCAAAGUAG